GCCGCUUCCGCUCCGCUGUUGUCGCUCUCCCUGCGCCUUUUCCCCGGCUCGGCCCGGUCCGGUCCGUUGCGGCUGCCCUCCGCUCUCCGUGUCAAUGCGGCGCCGCCACCCCGCGGCCUGCCCUGGCCAUGGACACCAGCGACCUGUUCACCAGCUGCAAGAAGGGGGACGUCAGCCGCGUCCGAUACCUUCUUGAACAGCGAGAUGUGGAAAUUAAUGUCCGUGAUAAAUGGGACAGUACACCCCUGUAUUAUGCUUGCCUCUGUGGACAUGAGGAGCUUGUACGCUAUCUGCUAGCCAAUGGAGCAAAAUGUGAGGCAAACACUUUUGAUGGGGAACGUUGUUUGUACGGAGCUUUGAGCGAUGCCAUCCGGCGCCUGCUGAAGGAGUACAAGCAGAUCACAGCAAAGUGCAUGAAGAGAGACUACUAUGAUGUCUUCCUCCAGAGGUUGCUGGAGCAGGGUUACCAAAGUGACAUUGUUUUCAUUGUCCAUGGCAAAUCCUUCUGUGCCCACCGCUGCAUUCUCAGUGCUCGCAGCGCCUACUUUGGAGAAAUGUUUGAGACCAAAUGGAAGGGGAAGAACAUGAUAGUGUUGAAGCAUCCACUGAUUAAUCCUGCAGCCUUUGGUGCUCUUCUACAGUAUCUAUACACAGGUCGUCUUGACAUUGAUGUAGAAUAUGUAAGUGACUGCAAGAGGCUGGCCAAGCAGUGUCGGAUGCAGGACCUCAUAGAUGAUUUGGAGACCAAAUGUAAAAAAGUCUAUGAAUUUGUCUCUUCCAAGCCAGGGACCUGUGUGAAAGUGCUGACAAUUGAGCCCACAGGUAACUGCCAGCUGCAGGAAGAUCUGGCUCUCCUAGCAGACUGCGCCUUGCCAGCCGAACUGCGGGUUGGCUUUGGGGAGUUGCCAUUUGACAGCACUGACAACUUUAAUAGUUGUCCUGAUGUGUGUUUCCGGGUGGCAGAUUACAACUUUUUGUGCCAUAAGGCAUUUUUCUGUGGUCGCAGUGAUUAUUUCAAAGCCCUUCUUGAAGACCAUUUCAGUGAGAGUGAGGAACUGCAGACACAGCCCAGCAUCCCUGUGGUGACUCUUCACAACAUCUCAGAAGACAUCUUCAUCCGGGUCCUCUAUUACAUCUACAGCGAUGAUACAGAGCUGUCCCCAGAAAAUGCCUAUGAUGUGCUGUGUGUGGCAGACAUGUACCUCCUGCCUGGGCUCAAGCGCCUCUGCGGGAGAACAUUGGCUCAGAUCCUUGAUGAGGAGAACAUCGUCAGCAUCUGGAGGAUUGCAAAGCUGUUCCAGCUGACCCGACUGGAGGACCAGUGCACGGAGUACAUGGCAAAGAUCAUUGAGAAGCUGGUGGAGUUGGAGGAGUUUGUGACUGCUGUGAAGGAGAAUGCAGAGGCUGUGGAGGAGCGGCAGGAGACUGACUCCAUUCCUCUGGUCGAUGACAUCCGCUUCCACAUCACCAGCAAUGUGCAGACUUACAGUGCCAUCGAGGAAGCCAACCAGAAACUGGAAGCUCUGGAAAACCUCCUGGCCAGUAUAGGGCUUGAGUGCUGAUGUCUGCGAACCCUGCCUGUCGUAUACAGCCUGCGUAGUCCCUGUUGGGUUGGCUCAGAGUGCAAGAACAUCUGAGUCUCUGAAUGUCUCUCUCUUUCUUUGUCUUCCUUCCCGUCCACUUUCAGGCAUGGUUUAAUUUUAAUUUAUUUGUAUCUGGACAUUUGCAUGUCUGGUUUGUAUUUGUUCUACUUUGGUUUUUGUUUCUCCUUUCCGACGUAGCUCCCAAAGCUCAAAUCAAACCAGUAGCUGCUCCUUUGUACAAUAUAAUGCAAACAGGGGACUGCAAGCUGUUGGGGGUGGUAAGGGAGCUGUUCUGGAGGACUUGCCAUGGCCUGAUGUUAGGAUCCAUCUUGUUCUGUUGCCCAACAUCACACUCUGAAUCUGGUUCAUGCCAGGAUAUUUGAGUUGCCAGCAGCAGAGGAAGAAAACUGGAUAAAAGUCUCUAAAUAAGUAUAUGGGAAGUGAGGUGGCCUUUCUUUCACUGUCAGCUUUGCAAGAUUGACAAAAGCAGGCAGUGCUUCCCUAACAGGGACACAGGAGCAUUUGGGUAUGUGGAAGGCAGUGUUGUCAUCUGUCAUUCUAGUUCUUAGAUUAAAAAAAAAAAAGUGAUUUCCAGGUCUUCCCUAGCUUUUCAUUGCUUUGAAAUGCUUAGAAUUUAAAAGCUUUGCUUUUUGAACAAAUAUCUUUAUGAAUACAGUACAGACCAGAGUCCUUCCAUUCUUAGCAGUAGCUUUCAAGGCAUGUAAAGGGAGAGCACCUCUUCCUGACAGGAGGGAAACACCUUGUUGGAAACAGCACUUUUUCCUUUCUUUUUGUCUCCUGUGGUAGAGCAGAACUGACUUGCUGGUGGGUCAGGGAAAAGGAGUUACUAGAAAUCCUUUUUUCUAAAAAAUUAAAAGGAGCCUUGCAGGGCUCACUUGUCAACCUUCUGGCUUUGCUCACCCUUCAGCCUCAUAGCUUCAUUGUUCUCCAGGAAAUUUACUGUACUAAUGAGUGCUUCUGAAUCUGUGUUCUGCAGUAGGUCACAUUCUCUCAUGUUGUUUCUCUAGACUCCUAAAGAGAGUAAUGAUGUUCUUUCUCCUUGGCACCAGUCAGCAGGUGUUAGCCCUGCAUAAAGCCUUGCCCAAUGGGCAGCCCUCAGAACUGUCCAUCUCCAGAACUUCACAAUCUGAGAGUCUCAGAUCUCCAAGGCAUAGCCUGAGUGUACUUUGCUCAUGCUGUGAGUUGGGAAGGAGAAGAGGCAUUGUGUAAACCACACAGAGAAUCUUGCACAGGCAGUAAACUGCCAUUAUUGAUGCACAGCAUCAUUUUGGUCACUUUGUGAGGCAAGAAAUUGAAAUUAGGUGUCCUUCUAGUAUCUGAGGUGGGAACUGGGCAUGGAGUGGUGCUUCAUAUGAAUAAGGGAAGGAUUUAGAGAUCCCUAGUUUAGCUGGGACUUGCUUCAGGUGUGGGUCUAUUGGGAGGGGUUUCUCAUCUUGCUCACCUCACCAGGUAAGAGACUGAUGCUCCCACACAAUGUGAGAACUGCAGCCUCACUGCCCCUGCUCAGAGCCUGCAUCUGGCGUGAAUUGGAGUUCUUGGCAUAAACGUGGGCAGGCCUUGGGCAGCACUUGGGCUGGGCAGGCUGCAUUCACUGGCAGUGAGGAACAGACACUGGGAUUUGUACUUGAGAGAUGCAAGACUUUGGCAAAAUCAUGUCAGGAUUGAGUUGCACCCAACAAGCUGGGGACGGGGCUGGUGGGGCAGCACUGACUAAACUGGACUCGGGAUGUUUGUGCACUUUUUCACCCAUGUUAAUUCCUUUCUUUUGCACAACAAGCUCUCUAGGGCAGGGGCUUGUGGCUGCAGGGCUGCUCAAGCAGGGUGUCCUUCAGUUAUUUUGUUUCAAAAUUCUUGGGAGUGCAAAGAGUUCUUGUAGUUUUUCUGCAACCAUAUUAGGGUGAGGGAAGAAGAUGUGUCCUUGCAAGGGUGUGCUGUAUGAAAGAGGGGAGCAGCAGAAGUGUGCCUGUGUUUGGAGUGGUGUCAUGGAGAGGAGCUGUGUGUUUGUUGUGUGAUUUGUGGAAUGUACCUCCAUGCCCAUCUCUAAGCUUGAUGUGGCUUUGACAGGACCACCAAAGAGCCCAACCUCCCUUGCACAGAUAAAGGUGUCUCAGUUGAUUUGAGGAGGGGAAAAGCUAUUGAAAUUAUCAUUUUUUUUAAUAUUAAAAGUCACAUAUUUUGGAGAAAAAAGGGUGGAAGCAGAACUGCCUAGUCUCUUCUCAGUGGAGUGUCAGGCUCAUGAAAGCCUGCCACAGAAACAACAAACAGCUUAACCCAGGUGGCUCAGUCCCUCUGUUUCUCCUCCCUAUAUGGCUGAAAUUGACACCGAAGGGAUAAGCAGGAUGUGUAGUUUAUCACAUCCCCUCUGCUUCUCCUGCCUAAAUUCCACAUCUGACAUCUUUGUAGUCAGCUUUCCACGGCAGUGGCUGUGACAGCCCUGCACAAAGGUUGCACAGAGCUGCCAGAGAAAAAAAACAUGUCCUGUUCUGCUUGUACAGAGCGAGAUGCAGAAACAGGAUUACUGGGAAAUGUGCUAAUGCUUUUUCCCUGCAGAUGCCUCAGCUGCUAAAGCAAAAUGGACACUGGUAGUGGGCAAAGCAGGAGGAAGACAGAGGAGGGGCAGUGCUGGGAAGUGUUUUCCGUAUGACUGCUUUUGAAUAAUUCCAUUCCCGCAUCCUUGGAGUGAGCCUGCAGUUGUACAUGUGGGAGGAAAGGGCAGUGUGGCCUUUUGAUCUGCCUCCCUGGUAGUGCAGUUCCAUGUGGGCUGCCAAGCAAACACCUCCUCUGUCUGCCUGCACUUAGUGGUCACAUCUGUGACUCGUGUCAGAUUGUGCAAUUACUCGGGGUCCUGUAAACCCCUCCAAUCCCUUUUGGCAAAACAGGGCUAUCAAAAAGCAUGCAAAAGCAGAUGGUCAGCAUGCAGGCAAGCUCUCUGAACUGAUUGAAACUUUGAUUUGAAUUCACGUUAUUCUUGCUGCAAAUAAUUUUAUCAAAAAAUAAAAACCUUUUUAUUUUUUUGUUCUGUUGCUAGUGUCCUCUUUGUGUUCUGUUGCCUCCGUCCUUUUUAUUUACUAUUAGCCACUUGUUGAUUUAAGAUUGUAAAAUUUAUGAGAGCAACAUUAUAUUUAAGAUGAAAUGUGUAAGCAUGUGUGCAGCAAUAAAAUAGUAUAUUUCACUAUA